AUGUUUGUUUUUGGCCUCUUAGCAUCUACCAUUCCACCCGACGACCAUUUAUCGCGCUUGCGUCUCGGCAACUAUUCACCGGACCCGGUUCAACGCCCAACCAACUGGUGGUCAAUGACAAAUGGAAAUGCACAACUGUGCACAACUGUACAACUGCACACACUUACGCCCAACCACACUGGCACACAGACAUGCAUACAGACAGUUAAAUGGACAGGCGACUUGUGGAAGCUGUCUGACAUUACUUAUGACGCCAUUGUCUUUUGUAGCAUGUAUUUGUCUGGACUUUCUCCUCUUCUGCAGACGUCCUUGGCCCGAAAUCUCACUCUUCCGCUACUCUUCCCAUUUUAUGUCCCUCUUUGGCUAUUCACCCCAACCCCUCGCAACUAUUUCACCAUUCCACUCGUCCACUCGUCCACUCGUCUAACCAUCCAGCCAUCCCGCGUUACCCGCAGAAGCGGGAGCAGAACACAAAUCAGCCGUUUUGCUUCCAAGACGACAAUGUGA